UCAUAAAAACAUAGACUUUUUUCCAGAAUGGUUUUGGUUUCUUUUUCAGAUUUAAAUGUUUGAUCCAUGUGGAAUUUAUUUGGUGUUAAGCAGUGAGGGAGAGAGCCAAUUUCUAUUUUUCCAAGUAGCCAUCCAGUUGUCUCAACACCAUUCCGCUAGAAAACUUUCCGCACGCAUCAGUAGGGGCCACCUCAAGAGCACACGUGGACCCCGCAGGCUGCAGGGUCCCGAAGCCCCACCCACCCGGGGCACUGGGGAAUCCACGACACGUGUGGAUCCGGGGCCCGGGCCGAGGACCUCUCCGACCAGCUCCGCCCACUCCGAGAACAAGGCCCCGCCCCAGAAAAGGACCAGGCUCCAGCUUCCGACCGCGGCGAGCCGUCUUCACGCCCCGCCCGGAAAGUAAAUCGGGGCCUUCCGGAACGCUCCGAGGUGACACAUGUGGUGAUGGAGCAGACCUCAGUGAAGGAGGCCAUCUGCUGGCAGGAGCACAUGGCUGCUGCUCUCCCAUGCUGCCCCCGCCCAGCUCUGCUGGACAUCAGCUGGUUCACAGAAAGCAUGGCAGCUGGGCAGCCUGUCUCUGUGGAGGACCGGCACCGCCUGGAGGUGGUUGAGCCCAAGAAUGAGCCCCCAAGCCCACUGUGGGUGUCGAUUUAUGCCUGCCAGCGUCCCACCCCCCUCACACACCAUAAUACCAUCCUCUCGGAGGCCUUGGAGACUCUGGCAGAGGCAGCAGGCUUCGAAGGCAGUGAGGGUCGCCUUCUCUCCUUCCGCAGAGCGGCCUCUGUGCUCAGAGCCCUUCCUUGCCCUGUCACAUCCCUAAGUCAACUGCAGGGAUUGCCCCACUUUGGAGAACAUUCUUCCAGGGUUGUCCAGGAGCUACUGGAGCAUGGAGUGUGUGAGGAAGUGGAGAGAGUUCGUUGCUCAGAGAGGUACCAGACCAUGAAGCUCUUCACCCAGAUCUUUGGGGUUGGGGUGAAGACUGCCAACCGCUGGUACCAGGAAGGGCUGCGAACCCUGGAUGAUCUCCGAGGACAACCCCAGAGACUGACCAAGCAGCAGAAAGCAGGGCUCCAGCACCACCAAGACCUAAACACUCCAGUUGGACGGCCUGAUGCUGAGGCUCUUCAGCAACUGGUAGAGGCAGUAGUGGUACAGGCCCUGCCUGGAGCCACUGUCACGCUGACUGGUGGCUUUCGAAGGGGGAAGUUGCAGGGCCACGAUGUGGACUUCCUCAUUACCCACCCUGAGGAGGGCCAGGAGGAGGGAUUGUUGCCCAGAGUGGUAUGCUGCCUGCAGAGCAAGGGACUCAUCCUGUACCAUCAGCACCACGCCAGCCACUUAGGGUCCCCGACUCAGCUGACCCGGCGGAGCCACACCCUGGAUGCCUUUGAGAGGAGUUUCUGCAUUUUCCGCCUGCCACAAUCCCCAGGAGCUGUUUUGGGGGGUGUUCUGAAGCCCUGCUCAGCCUGGAAAGCUGUGAGGGUAGAUCUGGUGGUUGCCCCCAUUAGCCAGUUCCCUUUUGCUCUGCUUGGCUGGACUGGAUCCCAGGUAGGUUAUGUGCUGCUGAGACUGCCAGGGCCAGGGUGGGCCAACCAUACUGAGGGCAGUUACUUCCCCCAGCUUUUUGAGCGGGAGCUGCGCCGAUACAGCCGGAAAGAGAAGGGACUAUGUCUGAACAGCCAUGGACUCUUUGACCCAGUGCAGAAAACAUUUUUCCAUGUGGUUUCUGAAGAAGACAUCUUCAGACACCUGGGCCUCAAGUACCUGCCCCCAGAGCAGAGAAAUGCCUGAUCCAGUUCAUCUGCCUCCAUUCCUCUUCAGAAAUGAGGUACUGCUGGACACUUGACUGAAUAUCUCCAAGCAGAAGAUAUACUGCCACCCCACAUCCUCACCUCCACAUGGAAAAGUCUUCACCUAUGGGAGCUUCUGUGAGGUGGGACCUUCCUCACUCUCCAGCCUUAUAGCUGGAGUCAGCUUUCAACCUCCCCAGGCCUUAGGUUCCCACCCCGGGUCAGGAAAUCUGAACAGUGUUCAUGUCAUGGAGCUGUGACAGAGCCUGCAGUCCCAGUGCAAGCAAUCAAGGAGAGAUGUGGUUGCUGUGUCUUCUGUACGGUGCCCCACAUUCAUAAGUGCCCAAGAGAGAACCAUGUAUCUUUGCCCUGCACUUGAGCCAUGGGGUGGAAGCUGUAGUUCUUGUUGUGAGGAGUCCUCUGUGGAGGUGAAAGGGGUAUGCUGCAGGCUGGAGUGGGUGAAGGCCCAUCAAGAGAACUUUCAGUGCUGGGAUUUUGGCACUACAGCCCCUACCCAGGCUUCCUGCUUCUGCCUUUAAGACCUGUACUCUGCAUACUUCAAAACAGGUCACACUCUGCCACUUCUUGCUCAUAGUCCUAUGGCAGUUCCAAACCCAGAAGUCUCCCCUGCUAGGGCUCUAGCAUUUCUGCUACCCCUGACAACCUCAUCUGUACUCCCCUCUCAACACCCCCCACCCCACCCCUCAGUUGCUUCCUGUUUCACCGGUUCCUACUGAUGUGCUCAGCCCCCAUGUGGCUGACUCCCUCGCUUCUCUGAGGCAGAAGCACUGAAAUGGGCUGGGCACACAGGUGACCUAUGUGUUCCUUGAUCUCCUUUAGGGCCUUUGCCACUCUGGAACUCCUUCAGGACUUGACUCAAGGUCAUCUUGUCAGUCAUAGCUUCCCAGAUACUCAUCACAUCAAAAAGUGUUUACAAUUAAUGUGAAAUAAAAUGGAAUCUUUUAGGGUAUGUUUUUAUGAGCUUUAACACAGGUGUAGACUCUGCUGCCUCAGGACACAACAGGUCUGUCCCCCAAAACAUUGCCUUAUACCAUUGCAUUAUGGCUACAUGCUUCUUAUCCCAACUCACUCAUUUUGUUCUCUGUCCCUGCUGCUUUGCCUUCUCCAGAAUAUCAUAGAAGUGGAAACAAAUCCUUCCUGUUACUUGCUUCUCUCAGCAUGCCUUGGAGAUAUACUCAGGUUGUUGCAUGUAUUGAUAGUUUAUUUUUCUUUAUUGCACAUAAUAUUCCAUGCCAUGGGUGUUCCAGGGUUUAUCUGUUCAGCUAUUCAAGAAGGUUUAGAUUGUUUCCAGGGUUUGAUGAUUAUGAAUAGAGCUACUGUAGCCACAUGUGUAUAAAUUAGUGUGUAACAUACAUUUUCAAUUCUCUUGGAUAAAUAUGAAGGUAUAGGAGUAUUGGGUUAUAUGAAAAAUAUGUUUAUAAGAAAGAAUUAAAUUAUUCAGAAUGCCUGUGCCAUUUUUCAGUUUACCAACAGUGUGAGCCACCCAUGUAAGUUAAACAUUUUCUAGUAGUAGUCAGCACUUGAUAUUUUUGGUGUUUAUUUUAGCUGUUCUAUAGUAGAUCAGUAGCACUAACUGCCUUCCUUCUUUUCUUUCUUUCCCUUACUUUCUGGGGAUUGAAACCAGGGCCUUGUGAAUAUUAAGCACACACUCUACCAUUGAGUUAUAAUCCCAGGCCU